CAAAAUGUCCAUGUCCCUAGAGUGUGCUGACAUUUAAUGUUCUGUAAGUAUCAUAAACCUGAACUCUUAACAUCCUUCUACUGUACCAUGGCUUUCUUACUUUGUGCAAUUGAUCUAGCUAUGGUGAUAAUCAGUAAUUUUGAACUGUAUCUAGGUGAAGCAGUCCUGCCUGAAUUGGUUUACAUAUAGACUGUCAAUUGUAGAUAAUUUGCAUUAAAUAUAUAGUGCAGUUUAAACUCAUGUUGGUUACUUUAAAAAAUUUACUACAGAUAUUGGAAAAUUUGGAACAAGGCUUAGCUGAAGAUGGAAGUAUGACUAACAUUACACAGGAGAACAGACAAGCCUCUGUUCAGCUGUGGAGGUCACGACUGGGCCGGGUGAUGUACUCCAUGGCAAACUGUCUGCUAAUGAUGAAGGACUAUGUGCUUGCUGUAGAUGCUUAUCACACUGUCAUCAAAUACUACCCACAGCACGAGCCUCAGCUGUUGAGUGGAAUUGGAAGGAUUUUCCUUCAGAUUGGAGACAUAAAAACUGCAGAAAAAUAUUUUCAAGACGUUGAGAAAGUGACUCACAAAUUGGAUGGACUACAGAGCCAAAUUAUGGUUUUAAUGAACAGAGCAUUUCUCCACCUUGGUCAGAAUAAUUUUGCAGAAGCUCAUCGAUUUUUCACAGAAAUUUUAAGGAUCGACUCAUCAAAUGCUGUG